UUUAGCAAUGGAGUUGGCUCUAGCUCUUGAAAAGAGGGUGAACGAGAAGCUGCCCAACCUGCUCACUGAGAUUGUGGCGGCAGCGGGGGUUUUGUGUCGGCAUGCUGCAGGGAGCUGCUGGACAGUGACCGAUGGUGGUGGAUCAGAGUUGGAAUUCAAGAGGGUUGGUGUGGUUGCUGUUAUCCGACGAUUGGGAGAGAACGGAGCAACAAAGGAGGCUGGCCAAGGACAUGGCCGCGGAUAACACAUCUUGCUCGGUUUCCCCGAUGAACCAAGCCAUAUAUCCUCGCAAGUAAGGGAUGUGGACCUAUGUGUAAGGAGUGCGGAGGUCACAGUUUGAUUUUGUGGUUCCGUGGCGCGGAUGACAAGGCCGAGAAGGAGCACCUCCUGGCGCUGGCCGGCGGCGACGAGGCCCGUGUCCACUUCUUCCCGUGUGACCUCCUCGGCGGCGCCACCAUGCUCACCGCCGCGCGUGGCUGCUCCGGCAUCUUCCACCUCGCCUCGCCCUGCAUCAUCAACCGCGUCCUCAACCCCGAGAAGGAGCUAGUGGUGUCGCCCAUGGAGGGGACGCUCAACAUGUUGCGCACCGCCAAGGACGCCAGGGGCGUGCGCCGGGUGAUGGAGACCACGUCCGUCUCCGCCGUCGUGCCUAGCCCGGGGUGACCGGCCGAGGAGGUCCUCGAUGAGCGCUGCUGAACCGACAUCGACUACUGCGACAAGAACGAGGUGAGAUGAUACAACCACCUUGCAAAAGGUGCAGUUACUAAAUUAUUUAUGCCAACAAAAACACUGCAGCUGUUAAGCAAGAUAGGAAAGGGUUAUCUGCAUCCUUCAGCGCAGUUGGUUACUGCAAGAAGUGCAGAGUUUGUUUGAUGAGACAGAAAUCUGAAAUCACAUAUGGUUCUGCAGAUGCAAUAGCAACUUGUAUUUCAGUUGUGCAUAUGUUACGGUGCAGCCAUUUUUCAGCUGGGCUUUGCAGUUAUCUCAUUUUCUAUCUUUUCUUGGUUAUAUCUGGUACCCUACUUCAAAGACACUGGCUGAGAAGGCAGCAUGGAAAUUAAAAAUGGCAGCCCGGCGCAAAAAGGAAAGAAAUUAGUAGACGGAAUAAAUUUGGCUGUCAUGAACAAGAAGGAAAUGAAUUAACGGAAGGAAUAAAUUACGCUGGUAUGAGCAUGAACGAAGGGAGGGCUUUAGUCUUAGAAGAAGAAAUUUUGGAAGCUA